AUGACUAAACCCUCUGAUAACCCUGGUACUCCCCCACCAAACUCAUCAUCUUCAACCACUCCUCAGCCUAAGAAAAAAAGAGUUAAGAUGUUUGCUCGCAAGAAAGUUGCUGGGAAGGAAUUAUCAAAGAAAUUGAAUGCACAAUUAAAAGCUAGUCAAGCCCAAGAACCUAAGAACUCUGACGACUCCUUCAAUUCUACUACUAGGGGGGAAGAAACUGGGUUUACUUUGGUUAGAUCUGUGGUGGAUGUAGAAACUCCGGAGUCCAGAAAGAUAGGUGGUAAAAAUAAAGAGGAAAAAGAAAAAGAUAGUGAGGGUGUUCGAAGUGAAGAAAGGGGAAUGGGAAAAAGAGUGGUUGAUUCUUCACCCACUUCUAAUAAAGGUAAGAUGGCUAUUUGUAGAGCAGAACCAGAUAAAGUUGAGGAAAUUGUCAAGAAAACAGGGGAAAGUGGGUCUGGCGAAGCCAUUGAAGGGCUAGUUAACCUUGGGCAAAAAGUAGAUGAACCUGGUUCAUCAGUUAAAGAAACCCUCACAAACUUAUUGACAAAAGUAGGUGACAGCUACAACCCCAAGAAGAAGAGAAAAUCCAUGGUUAAGACCCCUGGCACUGCUAGGGAUAACAACAAAAUGAAGGUUACUCCCUUUGACUCUAUUGAGAUUCCUCCCACAAGAGGAAGAGCCACAAGAUGUCAACUAAAGAAGAAUAAGGAAGUGAUGCAGAAAGCAUCAGAAGAAGGCAAAAAGAAACGGCUGGACAAAGGGAUGAAGAAAGUGGGAGAGCCUGUUGAGGCUGUUGAUGUGGAUGAGAUGGACCUGGUCCAUCAAGAUGAAGAUGUAAAUACUGAAGUGGGGUUUCAGACUCCCAAUCCCAAGAAAGCUAAGACUUCAUCUAAGAAGUCUACUCCUAUGCCAAAGUUUGUUGACCCAUCCACCCGGGUAAAAAAGACCAGGUCUAUAGUGAAACCCAAACAAGUAAAAAUUGCUGAAGAAGAGGAAUGGAGUGGAGAAGAGGAAGAUGAAUUAGACAUUGAAAAGGACAAGAUGGCCAAAUUUGGCAAAAGAACUAUUCUGAAGAGUAGAAUCCCGAAGGAUUUGGAGGAGGAAGGAAUGGUGCUACUAUUGAAAAAAUUAGAAGUGCAAAGCUGGAAGGACAUAGUCUUUCAGAUGGAUGGCAGGUUGGCUAGGGAUGAAAUAGUUUAG